CACUUCAUUUCCUCGGUGAACACGGUUCACUUCCAUCACAGAAAGAUGUCUUGCUCCAGCCUGUACUACCCAGAAUGCGGGGUGGCCCGGCCCAGUCCAGUUUCUGGCAGCUGCAAUGAGCCGUGUGUUAGGCAGUGCCCUGACUCUGAAGUGGUCAUUAGACCAUCCCCAGUUGUCGUAACCAUCCCAGGACCAAUUCUCAGCAAUUUCCCUCAGCAGAGUGAAGUGGGAGCCGUAGGAGCACCUGUUGUCGGAGCCGGCUAUGGGGGCUCAUUCGGUCUGGGGGGACUGUACAGCUCUGGAGGAUUGUAUGGUUUAGGGGGAUUAGGUGGUUAUGGGGGACUGUAUGGGUACGGGGGAGGUUAUGGGGGACUGUGUGGGUACGGGGGAGGUUAUGGGGGACUGUGUGGGUACGGGGGAGGUUACGGGGGACUGUGUGGGUACGGGGGAGGUUACGGGACACUGUGUGGGUACGGGGGAGGUUACGGUUACGGGGGAUUAGGUGGUUUUGGGGGAUUAUGCCGUUAUGGGGGAUAUGGCCGUAGGUAUCGCGGUGGAUACUGUGGGCCUUGUUAAUCCCAACAGGAAUAUCUAGGAAAUAAAGGAGAAUAGGCCCUACAUGUUCUAUCCUUUCCACCAAUAUGUAUCAUCAGCAUCUCACUUGGAAUCAUGCUACGUCAGAUAUGUACUGGAGACGCUGCCUAGUCCUCUGUCUCUAGUAUGCUGUCUUUUAUUUCCCACCAACUGGGGUAAAACAAGGAACUUAAAAAAGUUCUGCUCUGUAUUAUUUCUUCCUGUAACUGUGUACUGCAAAUUCCAUUCGCAUUAAAAACUACGCCGCAUCAUAA